ACGCCACCCCUCCCUGCGCCAAUUUGACCUCUGUCGGCCACCGUCGAAGGCGAACUGAAAAAAAUGCAUUAGCAAAACAUACAAACUUGUAGUGCUUUAUUGAUGCAUUUGUAUCAGUUUUCGAUAAGGGGCUGUCAUGUUAUGUGCUGUCUAUGGAUCCCCAGUUGUCAAAAGUCAAGGUAAAGGUGUAAGGGCGCUGUCGUAGCCACCACAGACUGAGGGGACAGCUAUGGAGACUGCAUUCAGUCAGUGGAAGAGGCAGUGUCUGAACAAGCUGGACGUGAGUAAGAAGGGCAGUGUGGAUGAGGACAUUGUCCACAUCGUGUCUCUGCUCAACAGCUGGGACAACUACUUCACCACCAGCUCCUGCUCCGGACGCCUCAUUCUCAUCGACGGGGUCCCGCAGAGCGCCGAGGUGCACAAGCAAAACUGUGUCUGGCUGUUUGUCUCCCACCAGAAGUGCAGCUCUGACGACCUGAUGGCUGCUCUGGCCAAGUCCAGUGGAGAUGCAGUGAUGAAGUUUGAGCCGUUCAUCCUCCAUGUUCAGUGUCGGAGGCUGGAGGAUGCACAGCUAAUGCACUCAGUGGCGGUCAACUCGGGCUUCAGGAACUCAGGUCUCACCGUCAGCAAGGCAGGGAAGAUCAUCACGGCGGUCCGCAGCACCCAUGGUCUGGAGGUUCCUCUCAGCGACCACGGGAGGCUCCUGGUUGAACAGGACUACAUCCGUUUCCUGGUCCAGGUGGCCAAUCAGAAGAUGGAGGAGAACCUCAGACGAAUCCAGAGGUUCUACCAGAAUCUGCAGGCAGCCCUGUCUGCAGAGCAGCUACAAAAACUACAAAUCCCAGACACCCCCAGCUCACAGCAACUACAAAACCAAAAAGCCCCUCACAGACUGGAAACAGAACAGAGAGAAGAGGGUGAGGAGACGAACAAAGCCAGCGUGUAUAAGCGAAGGCGGAAGAGAGGACAGCAGGUUGGGACUGACUGCUGUAACGUGGAUGCAGACAGCAGUCCGCCUGAGCUAGAAGACUGUCUGGAUCUAUUCACAUGAACUCUCAAUCUGGAGGACUUUGGAGAGGUUGUUUAGUGCUUUUUUGAAGUAUUGAAUAUGGCAGUACCAAUGGCCAGUUCUGAUCAUGUUUAUCUCAUCUGUAUUAAGUGCAUUUUUAGUGAAACAAGGAGUUUUUGAAACCUCUGGGCUGGGAAAAAGGCCAUGAAAAGAUUGAUUAAAUUGGCGUCAGUGUCAUUCACUCUUGGACCAGCAUUAGGAUUUGAUGCAAAGGAAUCAGAAAAUGGCCUCACGUAAUGGCCAGGGUUUGCUGGUUCUGCUAUAUUAUCUGAACUCAGUGCCUGAAAGGUUCUUGAAUAUAGCUGAGGAAAACAUUUUUUUUUAAAUGUUAAAUUCAGUUUUAAAAGACCACACCAGUGUUUCUGCAUGUUAGGCUAAUAUCUACAAAAUAUAUAAAUUUCAUGUUUCUGCUAAACCUUUUACAAAGC